CUGAGAGUCGUCCUGAGCUGUGAUUGGCUGAACCUAUCCCAGCUGAACCUUGUUGUCGUCUGACUCUCGGUCAUAUGACUCAAACCUGCUGAAGACUUUUCUUAUUAAUCUUCUCAAUGGGAUGUUGUUGCAGCACCGAGCAAGAGACUCAUUCUCAGCAGGACGGUGAGGUCAAUGAGAGGACUCGUCUACUAAGUGAAUCGGUCAGCAAUGCUUACCAGGUUAAUUCAAGCACCGGUGAAUAUGGCAACCACUAUUCAAGUUCUGCCACCAAAAAAUCCGAUGAGCAGACGGCUCUCAAUCGCAUUCUGCAGCAGACAGCCAGCAACAUUAUUGAUGUGGGAGCUCUGGACUGCCACACCUUAGAACAGCACGAGUACAUAGACAGGGUGCGGACGUAUAAUCAACGCCUCAAUACUGUACCACCACAAAAGAUUCCCAGCAGAACUCACCAUGAGGCUGAACUAUUGUGUGAUGUACCAGCUGUAGAGAGAAUACUAUCUGCCCAGCCAAUUUCAGUGGCAGAUUUAAAUUUGAUGACUACUUCAGCCCAGAAAGUGGUAGCAGCAUUAAUGCACAUUAAAGUGGAGCAUAAAGAAGAUUUAGUUGUUCCAUUUGGAAUACCCUGACAGCCUUACUACCAGCCCUCCUAUGCCGAUCAUGUUGUCUCGGCUGUCACACUCUUCCGACGACUCUUCUCUAUGUUUACGCCAGGGAGUCGAGAACCUUUUCUCUACACUUCACUUCAGGAUUAAAAGGUUGCAUAUGUGAGCAUGUGUGUUUGCGUUAAUGGCUCUUGUGGUACGAGUGUAAACAUAUGAUAACAAUGAUUCAAUUACCGUAUUAAAUUUUAUCAUUUAAUAAUGUAUAUUUUAUAAAAGUUGAAAGGAUAACAGCAGUAUCCCUGAAUUGAGUAAUUCAAAGUGAGGAGUUAUGUUCUACAGGUGUUAAUUUGCAAGUGAAAUUGUAUUAAAAUAUUACAUUCUUUAUUUCAUUCAUUUAUUUCAUUAGUGUGAUAUCUUGUGACUGGUGGAAGAUAAAUUUUUUUUUUAUGCAACUUGUGCAUCUUUUGUGUCUUCUGCUUUAUAAAUCAACUUCUUGUUUAUUUAGCUCGGUCCUUUACUUGUGAAUGUGAAGCUUUUUUAUAUUUUACUUGUACUGUAUUAUACUAACUUAUUACAGACAAUGCAUUAGUGACUUAAAGAUCUUGACAGGCACAAGAAUUUUGAACCAAUGUUCAUAACAAAGACUUGCCAAAGGUACUUCGUACAUGUGAGACGUACAUGGCUUAACCUUGGGGGUGCGUAUGCUAGUGUCAGUAGUGGGUUUGAGAUAGUAAAGCAUAAUUAUUAAAGUUAAAAAUUGAUAUUAUCAAGGAAGCAUUAAAGAUAUAGUUUUUAGAUCAGCGUUCUAAAUAAUAAUGUAAACACAGGAAAUUGAUUGUGCAUGGCUGAGUUGAUGCUUCCAUGGUAUGGGUCACAUAGUUGGGUUUGUGAUAUACAGUUGGUGGGGUACAUGUGGAAAUGAGAAAGUAUUACUCGAGAUGUGUAUGAAAUGAGUGCAUUGAUGGCAGGUUGCAUUUUCUUAAAAGUUGAAAGCUGAAAUACAUAUAGCAAAAUGUAAUUUUGCUGAGAGAAUUCUAGUACUCUUCCUCUGAUGGUUUGCUGCAUUUGAUCUUUUGUAAAGCACUCAACUCGGCACCAAAAAAAAUUUAGUUGCUGUCAUUAAUUACAUGCCUAAUAUACUUAUAUAUACUGUAUACCUAUAUAUAUAUAUAUAUACAUAUAUUUUCUUAUUUAUAGAAUGAUACUAGGAUAUUCUUCUUGUACUACUAGAACGGACAACAGCAGCUGUUGCAGUUUAAUUAAUUAUUGUAAUUGGAAAUAAUGUUUAUAAUGUUAUUGCUCUUCACAGUAUAUUCAGUAAUGGUUCAAGAACAAAAUUUAAAGUAUAAAAUUGCAGUUUUCAUUUCCUAAAGCAGUGGUGUGGAUUAGUUAUGUUUCAUGCACAAGGUGGCAUGUUGUAUGCAGGACUCUAGCAUGGUGCAAUUGAUGCAACUCAAUACAUUUUACAAUGUAUUAAUAGUGGAAAAUUCUGAUUAUGACAGUCAUAAGACAAUAUGAGCAUAUGACAAUUUACACAUUUACACUGAAUAUGCUUUUGGUGAUAACAGCUAAGAGUGAAUGAAUUAAAUUGCUUGUGGUAGGCUCGGCAUGUAUACAUUAUUCUAAAAUGAAUGCACAAUAUAAAAACUUUUAAGUAAAGGCUUUUUGCAUCUAGUGUAUGCAUUACCAUUUGAUGUGAUUAAUGCCUUAAAUGGUUUAGUCAGUAUAUAGUGUUCUGGCUAAUGCAGGUUGUGAUGACAGCUGCUACACUUCAUUUUAAGAUUUUAGAUAAAAAGGUGAAAGAUAUUUCUUCAUAGCUUGAAUAGCUAGCAGAAUUUAAACGUCAGUGUUAAGAGUGAAUCUUUAUUUUUUUGCUUUGUUUACAGAAAGUACAUGCAGGGGUAACAGUCAAACUGAAAUUUCAUCACUAACAAACAUUAGCUAUUUGUCACAUACCACAAGUACUAGGAAGCCUUAGAUGAUUGAGACUUCUGGUUGGUAUAAUAGGAACUCGACAAAUUUAUUUAGACUAGUUUUAUAUAUUUAGAAUGAUUGAUAUAAUGGUUAUUUGUUGCAGGGAAAUUCUUGACUUAAGUUAUAACUUGCUCUCUUCAUAACGUGACAAAGAUUUCCAAGUCAUUAGUAUAAUUUCUUCAUGAAACAGUGUUAAGGGCUUUGUAUUUUUUGUGUAAAUUUUCCAACUCAGUGAUUGAGAAAUAAUUGUGAUAUAAUGGGGAUAUAAUAAAGCAUAAAUAUUGUACGAUAUAAAUGUUAAGUCUAUGCUUGCUUUGUAACAUGUGCAUGUUGCAAAAAAUACUUGUUAUAAAUAAAAAUAAUUUUUACAUC